AUGUCGGGCGCUCAGGAGAUCGGCAGGAGCAAAAACUCCGAUGCCGUUGCGCCUACACCCCAGAACACCCCGCUCAGCAACGCUCCUCUCACCCGCGAGGCGCUUUCGCGACCUACCGUCGGUACCAUCGGUGAGGAGGACGAGAACGCCGUCGACGUCGCUGCUGCUCUGCAGGGCAACAGUGCUCUUGCCGCCAUGGUUCAGGAUAAGCUUUCGAGUCUUGUCGGUCGCUCCUCUGGCUACGUCGAGUCGCUCCCCACCCAUGUUCGUCGUCGUGUAGAGGGUCUCAAGGGUGUUCAGGUCGAGCACCACAAGAUCGAGGCCGACUUCCAAAAGGAAAUCCUCGAGCUCGAGAAGAAAUACGCUCAGCGAUACAAGCCUCUCUAUGAGCGACGAGCCGCCAUCAUCCAGGGUAAGCAGGAGCCCACCGCCGACGAGGUCAAGGCCGGUGAGGCCGUCGAUGCCGAUGAAGAAGACGACGAAGAGCCCGAGUCGCUCGCCGACGUCCAGGCGCCUGCUGACGGCGCUCACGGAAUUCCCGAGUUCUGGCUUACCGCACUCAAGAACCACAUUGCGCUCUCGGAACUCAUCACCGAGCGAGACGAGGAGGCUCUGCGUGCUCUUGUUGACGUCCGCAUGAGCUACCUCGUUGAUCAGGCCGGCUUCAAGCUGGAAUUCGAGUUUGACGCCUCCAAGAACGACUACUUCUCCAACCCCGUGCUGACCAAGACCUACUACUACCAGGACGAAGUCGGAUUCUCGGGCGAUCUGGUCUACGACCACGCCGAGGGCUGCAAGAUCGAGUGGAGGGAGGACAAGGACCUCACCCACAAAGUUGAGACCAAGAAACAGCGAAACAAGAACACCAACCAGACGCGCACCGUCAAGCGCUCGGUACCUGUCGAGUCGUUCUUCAACUUUUUCAACCCACCCAAGCCACCCAAGAACGGCGAGGUGGAGGACGAGGAUGCCGACCUGGACGAGCUGGACGAGCGUCUCGAGCUCGACUACCAGAUUGGUGAGGAUCUCAAGGACAGGAUCAUUCCUCAUGCCGUCGACUUUUUCACGGGCAAGGCGCUGCAGUAUGAAGACCUUGACGAGCUUGACGAUGCCGACUUUGACGAUGACGACGACGAGGCCGAGGACGAAGACGACGACCAGCCGCGCCGAUCGCAGCUCGGCGCCUCCGUCGGUUCUCAGAUGGCCGGUUCGCAAGACCCGCAGGAGUGCAAGCAGCAGUAA